AUGUCCAAAAUCUUCAUUUUCUUCGCAAUUUUCUUGAGCGGCGCCGCCAAUGCUCAAUAUGAUUUCCACGCAACUUCGCCGCCAGCUCCACCACCACCACUUCCAUCUCCAACUCCCGAAGUUCAUCCAUCAUUCGCCGGUCCGCAGCAAUUCAUUCUCAUUCCAAUUUCGGCGUUCGCUGGUACACCAUUCGCUCAGCAAUUCAAGUUCUAUGAGCAACACCAGCACGAUUUCAAUCUUCAGGAGCCAAGCCAUACUGUGACAUCUGCGCCGAUUGCGAUUUCCAAGGCGACUUUGGCACCACAUACAACAACUCAUGCACCAAUCACAACUUCGACAACACAUUCACCAAUUGCGAUUGCGCCACGACCAAUUCCAACUCAGCCACCUUAUGGAUCUGUAGGAAGUGAGUUUGGAGGGGUGAGAAAGGUCUUGAAACCUACCAGGUUUCAAGACGCGGCUCCUAGCCAAAGUGAUUUUCAAGGCGCGGAUCCUAGACAAUCAAUCUCACUAUGCCUAGCAAAAAAACGGAAUGAAUCUUUCAACUAGAAAAUAUUUUUGAACGACAGAAAAAAUGAAAAGAUGGAGGGAAAAGGUAGAUCAAAAAAGCAAAAAAAAGGGCUGAUUCACGAACGAAAAAAUGUUUUUUUAACAUUGAAAGAUCUAGUUUUUCGAGUUUUUCAGCCAAAAAUGAUGACAAAUCAAUAUUUUUCAAGCUUCUGGAGUGAUUUCUGAUGAAAAUUGACCUUGGAACUCACUUUCCAGAAGGUUUUGCUGAUUUUUCGUAAAUUAAAAAAUUGUAAAUUUUGAUGAAUUUCGAAAAAAUUCAUGAAAUUUCAUCAGAAAUUACUCCAGAAGCCUGAAAAAUAUUGAUUUGUCAUCAUUUUUGGCUGAAAAACUAAUUUUGACCUACGACUUUUCGUGAAGCAGCCCUAAUAUGUAGGUUCGCAAAGACUAGACUAUACUUAAACUAGACUAUAGUUUGCGAGGGUGUAGGCUUUUUUCUCUGAACCUCCUCUCUCUCUCGCUGGCAAGCCUAAUUAUCUGACAAACCCCUUUAGGCGCUAAAACAUCUCGCUUCAGGACCCCACAGUAAUAAUUAUCCCAUGUUCCUUUAAACCGUACCUUCUCUCGCCAUUUCCCGAACCCAAAUCAUUCAAAAAUGCCAGCUUCCUGCCAUUUUUUUUCGAAAAAAAAGCCACGUUGAAAUAAAAAAGGGUCACGCAAAAAUCCUCCAUUUUUUUCAGAAAACCUCCGGGCUCCUGAAUCCGCCUACGGUACUCCAAUAAUUCGCGACCGCGACUCAUGGGACGCGUUGGAAGCGUCGCUCGACGCAAGAAGACGUCGCGGUUCGGCAAAAAUCUAA